AAAAAAGAAUAGAAAUCCAAACGUUUUUUAUAUAUUUUUAAUCUUUUGUUACCUCGAUCCCUUGAUAAUGAUGCUGCAAUCGGAUUUAUACUACCGCUCUUCAACCACGGUUUUAAUGGUGCUUGCAUUCGCUCUUGUGUUGAGCUCCGGUGAAUCUGUGAUCGCUGCCUUGCUUUACAGCGUCGAAGCCCGGGUAUUUCAUGAACUCAUGCAGGUUCCUUUGCUCGACGACCUUAUCCACAAAAAACGGCAAGCGAUAAAUUGGUUUCUUUACAUAAUCGCCAGUGCCUGGAUACUGGGUGAGAUUGUGCAAGACACGGUUCAUCUGCCUUUGGUCCGUCUCCUCAGCACGCUUGGCUACAGUACAUGGCUUGCUGCAUAUAUCGCUACAUUAGAUGUGAAGCUUGUAAGAGACGAGGUGCUGCAUAUGGCAUGGUUGCAAUUUUGUGUCUCCAUUACAUCGCUGCAAACGUUUUUCCUUUUUCGCAAUCUUCAGCAAGGGCUCAUCUGGUUUCUUUUACCCACUUCUCUCGUGAUUUUCAAUGACAUUGCCGCUUACGUUUGCGGCCGCGUCUUUGGCAAGACAAAAUUGGUCGACAUCAGCCCACGAAAAACCGUCGAAGGAUUCCUCGGGGCCAUCAUCAUGACCGUGCUGUUUGGCUACAGGUUUUCCCAAUGGCUGACGCAGUUUGACUACAUGAUUGUCCCGCAUGCUCGUCCGUUGCUAUUGCAAUGGAUGCAAGAUGAUCAAGACACAAUGGGAAGCGGAAGCGUCAAUAACAUGCAUGUUCACGGCGUGAUCCUGGCUCUGUAUGCGUCAGUUGCGGCUCCUUUUGGCGGGUUUUUGGCAAGUAGCAUCAAGCGAGCCUGUUCCAAAAAGGAUUUCGCACAGCUAAUUCCAGGUCACGGCGGCAUGACUGAUCGUAUGGAUUGUCACUUGCUUAUGGGGCUAUUCACCUUUGUCUAUUAUCGCUAUGCCGUCAACGACCAGCAAUAAGAUUACCUUAUCAUCAUCUCGGAAUAAAGACUUUUGAAUAUGAAUCUUUACCGACAUAUAAAUCCCGCUGUAAAACGAUACAGUAUCUGAGAAACAUCAGUUACAUACAACUCUUCUUUGUCUUUUGCUGACCCCUAAUUCUUAGAUCAUCCUCAACUCAUCAUGAUGGAUGGCAAAAUGUGAUGUACAAGGAAAUUCUAAAGUGACCAGCUUGCUAAGCUUGAAGCAGCUAGAGUAUCAAUCAUCCUUCUUUGUUUUUUUCUUCGUCAAUAUGUAGACCUCCCAUCGUUGACUAUCGAAUAAGAGGUCCUGUAUUAUGACGGUGACAAAUGAAAAGAAAAAAAAUUGCCCCAAUGCA